GUUACCUCCCUUGAGGAAGGGAGAUAAUAGGAUGAACGCUAGGAGUCUGUCCGGGUUUCUAACGAAGUCUUUCGCUGGAAGAAAAACGCGAUCUGCUUUCGAAUUAUACCUUAACAACCCCUGUAGUCAUCGUAAUGUGAACCUGGUACAAUCAUCCAAACCACAACAACGAAACUUCAGCCACCUGGUUUCUGAAAUGUCGAAGAAAGGCGCGACAUCGAAGCAGACGAAGCUACCAUUUACGACUCAACCUGCGAAAAAUAUGAGUAGUCAGAAUGCCGGUACUGGUGGAGGUGGAAGUAGCAAAAAAGAACCUCCGAGGAAACCGGAUGGUGGUGUUGAAAGGAAAAUUACACGACAGUUUGUACAAAAGGACGACAAAGCAGAAGUUGAGACAGAUAGAGAAAAUGCAUUGGGUAUGUCCAUAGAAGAAAAGCGCAAACAAUACAAGUGCCGUGAUAGGUAUGAACUGCUUUCAAACAUACCUUCCUGGAAAAAUCAACCAGAAUUGUCAUCAGCAACAUUGCCGAAGAAAAAGAAAGGUUUUCUCAGUAAAGCGUGGUGGAAGUCGCUAUUGAAGAAGACCGGGCCGUCUCAUGCACUACGGGAGCCUCAUUAUAAGCCGAUGGUUGAAAGCGACAAAGCAUGUAAGAAAGUGUAUGAGGUAAGACCUGAUCUCAACGAGAAGGUAUCACUGUGGUGUGGUGACAUCACAACGUUAGAAAUAGAUGCUAUUGCCAAUGCUGCCAAUGAAGGACUCCUUGGAGGAGGAGGAGUAGAUGGUGCUAUCCAUUCAGCAGCAGGACCCAAGCUGAAGAAAGAAUGCAAACUCCUUAAGGGCUGCAGACCAGGCGAUGCUAAAAUAACUGCUGGCUAUGAGCUUCCUGCCAGAUAUGUUAUUCACACUGUUGGUCCAGUAACAACUUCUCCAGAGACCCUUGAGAGUUGUUAUGUUCAAUCCUUGACAAGAAUGAAAGAAAACAAGCUGAAAACAAUUGCGUUUCCUUGUAUAUCUACAGGAAUAUAUGGUUAUCCUAAUGAGAAAGCAGCCCCAAUUGCGAUGAGAGUAGUUCGAGAUUGGCUGGAAAAUGAUCCAUAUGGACCUGAGGUGGAGAGGGUUAUUUUUUGUCUCUUCCUGGAUAUUGAUGUGGAAUUGUACAAGGAGGGGAUGAACACUUUCUUCCCACUUGGAGACAGCAACUCAGGAGGUGAAACAGCUGAAGGUGCUGUAAGUGAUGAGGCCAAGGGAACCAAGGAUGAUGAUGUUUCUGUAACUGAUGAAGCCACAGCUACAACUGUUGAUGAAGUUGAUGUCAGCGAUAACAGCAAAGAGCCCAAAAAUGAAUCCAUGGAAGUGGAUGAUACCGGAAACACAGCUAAGGAGAAGGGAGAUAACUCUAAAGCAUCAAAGGGCAAUGAAAAUGACAUUGAAAUGAAAAAUGAUCAGUCUGAAAGUCAGGAGGCUUCUAUUGAUGACAAAGUUGAUGAUGACACACAGGAAACAGCUAAGGGGAAAGAUGGAGGUAAGGUGUCAGCAGAAGAAAGUAAGGGAGAUAAGUCUAGUCGAGAAAAGAAGUCUGUUUCGGCAAAGAAGGAAUCAGCAGAUGGAGAUGGAGACGGUGACGGCGCCAGGGACAAAUCACCAUCAGAAGGUAGCAAAGAAUCUGAAUCGGCCACAAAGACAAAAAGUUGUCAUUUAUGAGGAUGGUAUUUUUUAAUGAUGGCAUCUUUGAAAGGUUGAGGUGUGAGAAGGGUUCUCUGGAAUUAUAGUAAAUUAAUAAUGAUGCUGAAAAUGUGACAUCCCUUUGAAAAAUAUCUUGCAACAAGGGCAUGUUCAUUUUAUAAUACAACUUCUGGUGUCCCCUGCCAUGAUAUUGCUGGAAUAUUGCUGAAAGCAGCAUAAAACAAUACUCACUCACUCAUUUUGUAACAUGAGAAAAAUGCUUCCCCAAGAUAUAAAAAAUUGGUCUUUUUGGCACAUGAUUGCGCUUAAUUAUAUUUUAGGUUCACACUCGCAAGUGUUCAUUAAGUAUUUUUUCUCAGUCAUAUGAACUUUCUUGUAACUUUCAUAGUUUUCCUCAUUUUAUCAAAAAUCGCAAUUGUUUUAAUUGUCUUAAAAGGUUCCUUAUCAUUCCUUAUCCUUUCUUAAUACUGUAAAUCUGGCAUGGGUUGUACCAUGCAAGUAUUAAGAGUGUUCAACAAGCAUCUUUAUGCAUGGAGAAAAGUUUUGUUGAUAAGAACAUGGAUCCAGAGUUGGGGUCCAGAAGGUCCGGACCCCCCACUUUUGAAAAACUAAUAUAGUAUGUUUAGGCAUUAAAGUUAUCUGAGAGAUGAUUUUAAUAUUUUGGACCCCUCCCAUUUAAAAAAGCUGGAUCUGCCCUUGAAAAAAUACAUGACAGUCCGUGGUCUAAAAAUCAAUCUAAAAACUUUUCGUUUUGGAUGAUACAUGUAUUUAAAACAAAAAUAUCCUGGUAGGCAUUCACAUCUUCGUCGGUGACUUUGUAUGCAGGUGACUAAACUCCUUUGUUUGAAAUUAACAUCCCACUCAGCUGAUCCAUGAAAAAUGACUUUGUUUAGUUUGCGUGUCCCAUUUGACAAAGUGUCAUUAGUAUUUAUCAAUUGGAAGUCUGUAGCAAGGUGUAACAAGCAUAGCUCCAAGAUGGCUUGUCAAACAGGGCUCUGCGUCACCAGUCCCUAGUGUUUUAUUGAGGGGGUAUCUAAAAUGGGGAUCAGGUUGAUUGUGUUUUGUUGUAAAUCGAGGGCAGGAAUUGGUGCUCAUGCUAUUAGUCACUGGUUCGUUGGAUUUAGACUAGGUUAUUUACAUGCUGCUGUGAUGUAGCAGGAAUAUUGUGGCGUUAAACAACAUUCACUCACUCAAGCUAAAAUGAGGAUUGGGGUUGACCUGGCUGAUUUGUUUCUUUGCUUCCGGGCGGUCAGCGAUGGAAAUUAACACUAGUCCUGAGGUAAUUGCCAAACAGCCAAAUAGUCAAGGUAUCUUAAGGACCUGUCCAAAUUUGCCAUUUUAAACGGUUUUGCUAUAUAUUAUCAUUAUAAGAUCUAGUGGACUAAAACUGUUAGUUUCUUUCGCUGGCAAUUCAAUAAUUAGUAUGGAUUGGUGCUCACGCUAUCAACCAUAAGUAAGCCUGGUCAAGAAUCAGAAUUGGUUAUUUAAACCUGUUGUAAACAGUUUAAUAUUGUUUGAGAAAUUCAAGAUUGUGUAGGAAAGAAUUGUGUGUAGCACUGCCAUCAAAAUGCACGCUAGUCCGCCAGCCCGAGACUACUAAAAUGUGAGGACAAGUAAGAGUCCAAUCAUGGUUGUCCUCAUUGACUCGUUGCAUUGAGGGGCUAUAAGUUGGAACCAGACCUCAAAGCUUCACUUUUGCUACAAACUGGAACUGAAUAAAACUGACAUAAAAUUUAAACAUUUUAAACAAUUUUGUCUUGUUCAAGCAUGACUUCUUCAAACUCACGCCGAGUGAAGUAAAAUUUCCACUAUAUUUCUGACAGGUCUUUAUUAACGUCAUUCUAAGGCUGUAUGCGACCCCUGCAGUUCUCACAGUAAUCAUGUUUCUUGUAAUACCUUCCAUAUUUACAGUCUGUUUUAAAGAACCUUCUCAUAUCAUCUUCCCUGCAUCAGUAACUUGCAGACUUGUAUAUUGUGGGAUUUAUCACUGGAUGAUCAUCAAUUUGUACAUUUGCAAGUUUUUAUGUAUGUUUCUGUUAUAUAAGUCAUGAGUAAUGGCCAAAUCUUAUGUUCAGCGAGACAUAUGCACAUAUAGUUGUUUUGCAGAGGGGAUAUUCUGCUCCAACUGAUGUUAAUGCUUCUGUUUUAGCUUGUUUACCAUGUUUACAUGAUGGGAUAUUUCAUUGAUGGAUUUAACUCAAUCAUGUCGAUGAUGAAAUAUGUUUCAUGAUUGAUGCUUUGUCUUUCAGACAGGAAGAAUGCUUGGAUGAUAUUUGUUAAUUUGUUAAAUCAAUGUUUUAAUGAUGCAUAUAAAUGUUUUGAAUUUUUAGACCAGCAAACCACCAGAUAUAAUACUCCAAUAAUCCUUAUAUCUCACUAACCCUGGUCCAUGAUUUUGUGGUACUUUGUUAAAGGGGGCCUCAUAGGGUCUAGUCAUCAAUUGGCUGGGCAGAGCUGCAGCUUAUCAUGCUUAUAGGCAUACCAGGAUCCGAUUAUCAGGGGUUCAAACUCCAGAUUUGCUGUGAUUAUGAUUCUCAGUUUGCCUGUGCUCGUGAGUUUCACCAAAAUGGGAAUCAGUUUAGACCUGUAUCACUUUUGGCUUUCCUGUCACAGUAAACUAACAUGAAAUACUGUGGAAAGCGGUGCAAAGGCCCUCUUCUCCUUCAUGAGAUUUUAUGCAUGAAGUCCAGUGCUUGGGUGAACAAAGUGACCUACUUUUUCAAGGGGUGCGAAAUUGAAGCUGACUGGUUGCAAAUUACAGGAGCAGUAACAGCACUCUGACAUGACACUGAUGCCAGGAAAGAUUCAGCAUUUGAUUCCUGGUAGUGUCCUGUCAUGAGUUCUCCAUCUUAUUCAGGUCUCUCUAUCUUUAACACUCAGUAGAGAGAAAAGAAAUACAUGAGCAUAGUGUAGAGUAUUACAUCAUAAGCAUGACGGGAUAGGAGAGUUUUGAUUUGAAUGUAUAUUUACUAUUAAAUGAAAUAAUAGUACACUAAAUUUCGGAUUCGGUUUGAGGUAUCAAGUUGUGUGCUAUGCUGUCCUACCUUUAUGCUUGAUUAUAUAGUGUCAUAGUGCAGAUUUAUGAGAACCGGUGAAAUAGGGGCCCAUGUUACUUAGAAAUUCAGGGUCAUUUGUAGUUGUUCAGGUUCCUCUAAGGUGUUCACUGUGCAGAGAUGCAUCCCUUAGACGUUCCAGACAGCUUUGAUCAUAGGUUGGAUUCCCAGUUCACCCUGAUAUAUUUCUUGAUUUGUCAUGGCUAUGCCUAUGCUUGUUGGUUUCACUGAAGUGGUUAACUAUUAGGACUUCAAAGAACAGUUAACCCAGACAGAAAAAUCAAUCACUCAAUGAUGCAUACCCCUUGAAAUCUAAAGCACUAAUGAUGAGUAAGGCAUUUUGUGGUCGUGGCCUAGAUUUAUAUUUUAAUACUUCACUCAAUUUCAGUGUAUGCAUGUAUGAGGAAAUUUAAGGACAAAAUCAUUAAUUCAGAAUCAAAUUGACAUGGACAAUGAUCAAAUAUUUUUGGGCUAUAUCAGUUUAAUGCCUGCUUUGCUAUUUGCCAAGAUGCAUCCAUAGCCAAGAGUUACUUUCUGACUAUUUUCAUGAUUAAAAAUCUUUUUUGAAUUGUGUCUUUUUGUAGUAAAACCUCUUCCAAAGAAAGGAAUCACCUGGCUCGAUUAGAACAUUUUGUUGAUUAAGUGUUUAUUAGACAAUCGGAUAUACAGCAGAUAUGCAAGAUAUUGAAUUGUUAUUUUUGACAUAAAACAUAAUGGAAUUGUGAAUAAAUUACGAAUACAUGUAGUCCAUUGGAUGACAAUGGAGUGAAUAAAUAGUAAUAGAGUGAUUUCUAAUUA